CAGUGUGUAUUUGCCUUCGAACCGCGUACGACGUGCUUGUGCUUGUGCUGUCUGUGUUGUGUGCGAAGCGAGAAGCGAAGCCAAAACGCCGAAGCCGUCGCCAACGUCGCAACCGUUGAGAAAAAUUAUUAUUAUUACUAUUAUUAUUGCUAUUACAUAGCAUUAUUAUUGUUAUUGCCACACUGCACAACAACAACAACAUUAGUAAUAACCACAACUGCGGACAGCUAGCGGAACAAAUUUUGGACGCCGCCAAAAAUUUACUCGUCGCGAUCUCCCCGUCAAGCCAGAAAAAAAUAUAUCAAAUCACAAAUACCCGAAAAGCGCGCGCGUCUCGUUGCGCGACGUUACGAUCGGUCGUUACGUUACGUUACGCGUUACGCAGCAACGAUAACGCACUUUCGUCGUGUUGCCGCCGCCGUCACCGUCGCCUUCGCCGUCGCGUUACCGUCGCUAAAACAACAUUUGCAACAUUUUCCGAUUGCACGUUUCGUUAGAAGCAAAAAAGAAAACAAAGUGCAGUUAAUGCAACUAUAAAUUGUAAACAGUUAGUUGAUGUUGAUUGGCUGCUGAUUUGUACGAAAAUUGACAACAAGCUUUUGGUUUUUCGUAGUAUAUUAUAGUAUGUAGAAGCAGCUGUGAUAAAUAGUGCGCAUAUUAUACGAAGCAAGAAGUAUACGACAUACAAGCAAACAAAUAUACAACAAAACAACACAGUCGAAGAGGAACAGUUAGAAGUUGAAGAAGAAGAAGCAGCAGCUGCAAAGGCCCGAGCAAUGGAUUUAUGACAACAACAACAACCCACAAGCAGAGCUAAAAGGCAACAGCAACUGCAAACUAUGUUGCCUAGCCCACACAAGCAGCAGCAACAACAACAACAACACCAGCUCAGCAGUAUACUUAGAACAACAAUAAAUAUAAAAAAUAUAACAACAAAGGAACAACAACAACAACUGCAACGGCAACCCCAAUGAAAACAAAUUGUAUACGAUUUUUAUAAACCGCAAAACAAAAACAAAAAAAAUAUAUAACUACAAGAAAUUAUAUGUAAAUAUUAUAUAAACAUUUAUAUAUGUAUGUAUGUAUACAAAAUACAAAACAAAAAGAUCUCCCGCUAAUAAAAAAACGCGCGCGUCAUUACAACAACAAAGUAUACCAGCAACAAAAACAACAACAUAUUAAAUACAUAAAUCUUAGCAAAGAAUGAAACAAAUCUAAAGCAAAGAUUUUAACAAAUGUGCCUGUGUAAAACCGAAAAAAUAAUAAAGAAGAAGAAGCAGUAGUGCAAAAGCAUAGAAAGAAGCAGAGCAAGAACUACGUAUCAAGAAAAGAGAAGAGAAGAAGAGAGAAAGAAAGAAAUUGAAAAUAUUCAAAAUACACAAAUUCUAAUAAUAUUUUUGUGAGUGUCACGAGAAAAAAAAGUACAACUAACCCAAGCGCAUCAAGCAUACCAGGAGGCCCCAAGAUCUGACAGAUCUUACUCCAUAGAGUUCAUCACGUCGCCAGGGAGGACGAGGACGCAAGGGACGCGGGCCCCUCAUUCUGUGUUGCGCCGCCAACUGUCCUCUGUACACCACUAAAAGUGGCACAAAUCGGGUUAGACGUCGCUCCCAGAGCAUUAAUGGCUCAGCCUAGGUAUGACGAUGGCCUGCAUGGCUACGGCAUGGACUCUGGCGCCGCGGCCGCGGCGAUGUAUGAUCCACAUGUCGGCCAUCGGCCGCCCGGACUGCAAGGCCUCCCCUCGCACCACUCACCGCACAUGACGCACGCCGCGGCAGCGGCCACAGUUGGGAUGCACGGCUACCAUUCGGGGGCCGGAGCGCAUGGUACACCUAGUCAUGUAUCACCGGUUGCUAAUCACCUAAUGGGCGCAAUACCAGAGGUACACAAACGUGAUAAGGAUGCGAUUUAUGAACAUCCGCUAUUCCCGCUCUUGGCGCUAAUAUUCGAGAAAUGCGAAUUGGCCACAUGUACGCCGAGGGAGCCUGGCGUGCAAGGUGGCGAUGUUUGUUCAUCGGAAUCGUUUAACGAGGAUAUUGCAAUGUUCAGUAAACAGAUAAGAUCACAGAAACCCUACUAUACCGCAGAUCCCGAAGUCGAUUCACUGAUGGUGCAAGCAAUACAAGUGCUUCGGUUUCACCUUUUAGAGUUAGAAAAAGUGCAUGAACUAUGCGAUAAUUUCUGUCAUCGAUAUAUCUCAUGUUUAAAGGGUAAAAUGCCAAUAGAUUUAGUGAUUGACGAACGGGACACCACCAAACCACCAGAAUUAGGUUCAGCAAAUGGUGAAGGAAGAAGUAAUGCCGAUUCAACAUCGCACACCGAUGGAGCUAGUACACCAGACGUUCGGCCGCCCAGCUCAUCGUUGUCCUAUGGGGGCGCAAUGAACGAUGAUGCGCGCUCGCCGGGCGCUGGUAGUACACCCGGUCCAUUAUCACAGCAGCCACCUGUCUUAGAUACAUCAGACCCUGAUGGUAAGUUCUUAUCAUCACUCAAUCCUUCAGAACUAACAUACGAUGGACGAUGGUGUCGAAGAGAAUGGUCCUCACCUGCCGAUGCUCGCAAUGCAGACGCCUCGCGGCGACUGUAUUCUUCAGUCUUCCUUGGUAGUCCUGACAAUUUCGGAACGAGUGCAAGCGGUGAUGCCAGCAACGCUAGCAUAGGCAGCGGCGAGGGUACCGGCGAGGAGGACGACGAUGCGAGCGGCAAAAAGAACCAAAAGAAACGUGGCAUUUUCCCAAAAGUAGCAACAAACAUAUUGAGAGCGUGGCUGUUUCAGCAUUUAACGCAUCCCUACCCAUCCGAGGACCAAAAAAAACAGUUGGCGCAAGAUACUGGCCUAACGAUACUGCAAGUUAACAAUUGGUUCAUCAAUGCGCGACGAAGAAUUGUGCAGCCAAUGAUUGAUCAAUCGAACCGAGCAGUUUAUACACCGCAUCCAGGUCCCUCCGGUUAUGGUCACGAUGCCAUGGGCUACAUGAUGGACAGCCAGGCGCACAUGAUGCAUCGUCCGCCCGGCGAUCCAGGCUUCCAUCAAGGCUACCCGCACUACCCGCCCGCUGAAUACUACGGACAGCACUUGUAAUCCAGCGCACACAACGACCACGGGCCAAAUGCGGAAGCCUUAACUGGAGUCGAAGCUCUCACUGAAACUGAAACUGAUGCCCAUGCGGAAGCGGAAGUGGAAGGCGAUGCCGAUGGCAAAGGCAAGUGCGUACCCGCAAGCGGAUGUUGAGCAGCAAGCUGAUAGCGACAAAGCCAAAAUCAUAGCUUAAACUUACUACUACAUACUAAAACAGAGCAGAGGAGCCGACGAAACGAGAGUGGCCAGGACCUUUGAACCGUGUAACUUACAAUACCGAGUGGCAAUAUCAGUCAAGUAAUAGAGCAAAGUAAUACUGUAGUAAAAUCUUAAACACAAAAACAAAACAAACAAAAACAUGAGAUAUUAGCUAAUCGAAAGGCAGGCACAACAACAGAAUCACCAGCAUCAACAGCGGCAGCAACAGCAACAACAACAACAACAACAACUACAACAACAAAUAACAAUUUUAAGAGAACUUCUUGUGUAUACUUUAAACAUAAAUAACAAAUACAACAAGCAACAAAAAAAGAGAAAGAUAUUUAUGCAUAAACAAAAUGAAACGCUUAGGUCUAAGUUAAAUAAACGAAUCAGAACCCACAAACAUUUUCACAGACACACUCAAACACACAUACACAGACACACACACAAGCUUGCUAAUUAUAUAUCCUUUAUGCAAAUUUUUACUUUCAAAAAGCUACAAAAGGCAAAUGUUAAUGCAAAUAUUUCAAAGAAUGAAUUUAGGCGCAAUCCAAAACGAAAUAGAAUUUAAAAUUGAAGCUAAAGCAAUAAAUACGAUUUGGUGUAUCAACUAGGUUUUAAUAUGGAUAACUAAAUGCCCCGCUCACUAGCAGCAUACAUUGAAACGGAUCCCAAGCUGCGUACAAUUAUUUAAUGAACAAGUUGAAAACAAGAAAGUAGAAAAAGCAGAAAAAAUAUUAAAAAAAACGGAAAACAUAAAAAUAAAAUUCUUUGCUAGAGUUUAGUUUCUUUUUAGUUGUACUUUUAACAAGUCAGUUAUAGUAAACGCUUAUGUUUUUUUAUAGUUUAUACCUUUGUUUGUACGGAUACAUACAAAUGUACAUAUAAACAGAACGAUAACUAAUUAAACAUAAUUCAAACAUAAAAAACCUACUACUUACUUAUGUAUAUGCUUAUGUAUGUAUAUCUUAGGUUUAGCACUAUAAUUUAAAUAAAUUGAAUUGUUUUCUAAUUUUACGCGUUGCAAAACUUAAGAAAAGAAAAAAAAGAAAUUUAAUUUAAUUUAAAAAAAAAAACACACAUAUAUAUAUACAUGUCCUUUUUUGAAUGGAGUUUGUUUAAAAAUUUGUUCUUUAUGUGUGUAUUUGUAGUAUUAUACACGUACAUAUACAUAUAUUAUGAAGUACACACACUUUAACCAUUAUAAGCAUACGAGUAUAAAACACAUACUUAAACACAAACAUUUACAUACACAUACACAUACAGAUGCAGAUAUAAAUAAUAAAUUAUGAAUAAUUUUAAAUUGUACUUUUAUUUAUGUAUUUUAAUUUGUAUGCGUUAUAUUUAGUUACUAUUAUCAUUAUUAUUAUAUUUACUUAACUAAUGAUUUAAUUUUAAAACAAAACAAAAGUGAAAACAAGCGCAUUGUAUGAAUGAUGAUUAAAUGAUGAAAAUAAGAGUAAAAUGCAUAUAUGAAAAAAUUGCAAAAAUACAUUUUCUGGUGUUUUUAUUUGAUUUUAGUUUUGAUUUGUUAAUUGCAGCUUUUCAGCGGGUUCUUUUUAUAAUAUAUAUGUUAUUAUUUCCAAGAGUUGUGAGAGGUAUCUACUACGGAGCAUCGAUUCUCAAAGAGAAACAUGUCGUUGAAAUUAUUUUGCCUACAAGCAUGCACAAACACUCACCCACACAUACGCACACACAACACACCCACGCACAGAAUUUAUUCAGAAUUAUUUGCGAUAUAUUCUUUAACUUUAUACAAUGGAACUGAAUUCAGCAAGCACAAGUGCGUUUAAAUUGAAUUUACACCGUUUUUAAAAUUGUAAAAACUAACGUAACGAAUAUACGUAAAUGAAAAGAGAAACAAACUGAAAUUUAGGUGUUGUAUUUUUUUCGGAUUACUUUCCAUGUUAGUCAAGUGUAAAAAACUGAGUACCCUUUUUAAGCUCAAGAUAAAAGCAAGUGUAGGAAAGAUGCAGAAAUCAUUUAUAUGUUUGUAAUUAAACUUAAGAUUGUGAGCUUCUUUCUCGUGGUAACUUCUUAUUUAUUUAGCAGACACUACCUAUAUAUAGCUACAAUUGAAACAAUCACUCAAACGUAUACGAACUUCUAAAAGAAUACCCCAUUAAAAAUUAAUGCUAUUGUUUUGCACGAACGAAAAACUACAAAAACUUAUUUACAAAUUGCUAAAGGCAAAUGAUUUUUCGCAAGCCGUAUUAAAAAAUGGAGAUUAAACACAAUGCAAAUUUUCUCUAAAAACUACAAAAUUAUACGAUUUAUGCAUUGAUAUUAAUAUAUUAGACUAAAUGGUAGUUAAAUAAUCAACACAACCAUUGACUUGAGAAAAGAUGAAACGCAAAUUGUACAGAACGCCUUAAAUAAAAACCAAAGCAUGGAAUAAGCGAAUGAAGUAUACGAGUCUAUAUAUAUACACAUAUAAACUAUAAAUUACUAGAUAUAUUAUUAUUAAUUUUAAAAACCCAAGGCAUAAUUAUUAUAGUAAUGUAUGGUAUAAGCGAAAGGAACCAAAAGUCAGUUAGAUUGAAAUAGAUCACUAACGCAAACACCAGAUAAGAUGCCAGAUGUUAACAUGUUGAGAGAGAUACCAAGAAGAGAGAGAAAUGCAGUGCAGUUCGGAUAAAUUAGUUGGGAAUCUUGAAAAAUGUUACUUUUCGGGUUAUUUCGGGUCAAAACCACUUUUAAAUGAGAAUUUAAAAUAUUGAUAUCUGAAUAGCGCACAUUAUAUUACCCGACUACAUAUUGAGUACACGGAUUUCUCUUUCGUUCCAACAUGUUAACAGAAACCAAAGCAUUUCGAAUCGCAACCAAAAGCUUGUACAUUGAAACCGCUAAACAAUGUUGCAAAUAUGAAUCUAUGAAUCUAGAUGAAAGUAAGUUAGAAACUCAAUUAUUUUGUAUGUGGUGACCGCUUGCUUUGCAUUUUGAAAGUGCCCGUUAUGUGUCAGUGUUGAUAAGCGUUACAUAGAAUAAAGACGGAAGGUUAAAAAAAAAA